AAACCUUACUUUCACACCACACAUCUCCCUCCAUUCCAACACACUUUCUUCUUCCAAAAAUGGUAUCCCUCACUUUAAAAAACACCUUCCUAACACUAAUCAUCCUGGCCGGAGUAGUCCUGCCAGAAAUCGUAGUGGGUCAGAAUUGUGGUUGUGCUACAGGAUACUGCUGCAGCCAGGCCGGUUAUUGUGGCCAGGACGCUGCCUACUGUGGUACAGGAUGCCAGUCAGGGCCUUGCACCGGUUCCAAUGGUGUGUCGGUUUCUGAUAUUGUGACACAGGCAUUUUUCGAUGGGAUAAUCAAUCAAGCUCCUGCUGGAUGUGUCGGGACCAGCUUCUAUACCCGGUCGGCAUUUCUUAAUGCUCUCAGUUCUUUCUCUGCUUUUGGUACCAUUGGAACUACUGAUGAUUCUAAGCGCGAAAUUGCUGCUUUCUUUGCACAUGCUACUCAUGAGACUGGAUAUUUUUGCAACAUAGAUGAGACAAGCCCAAGCUCAAACUACUGCAAUGCAACAUAUACACAGUACCCAUGUGCACCAAACAAGAGUUACUAUGGAAGAGGGCCUCUUCAGCUGUCCUGGAACUACAACUACGGUCCUGCUGGAGAUUUCAUUGGAUUCGAUGGACUAGCCAACCCGGAAACUGUGGCAACAGAUUCACUCGUAUCGUUCAAGGCGGCCUUGUGGUUUUGGAUGCAAAAUGUUCACUCUGUAAUGACUACUGGACAAGGGUUUGGUGCAACAAUCCGAGCAAUUAAUGGUGCCGUUGAAUGCGAUGGAAAAAGAACUGAUCUUGUGACUGCCCGCGUUAAUCUCUACACUAACUAUUGCAGCCAAUUUGGUGUUGCCCCUGGUGAUAAUCUCAGCUGUUAGUUCACCAAAGCUGGCUCUUCGGUACCAUCUAAUUUUGGGUACAUGGAAGAAAGAAAAUAAAUAGUAGUAUGUUUGUUUGAAUUAUUUUUUCCCUGUAAUAAUACCAUUAGCAUGGAUGAACAAGAGGUUUAGGUACAUGUUUGGUCAUGGCCUAGAAGGAAUAAAUUAAAUUUAUUGUUUAGUUGAUGCUGAACAGUAUUAAUCGUUGGCUUCUUCAAGAAAUAAUAAAUCAACUUGAUUUUAGUACA